AUGAGGCGUGCGCCCGCGGCGGAGCGCCUCUCCGAGCUGGGCUUUCCCCCGCGGGGCGGGCGCCAAGAGCCGCCUUUUCCGCUGGGUGUCACUCGGGGGUGGGGAAGAUGGCCCAUUCAAAAGCGCCGCGAGGGGGCCCGGCCAGUGCCCUUCGGUGAGCGCUCGCAAGAGGACGGCCGAGGCCCGGCGGCUCGCAGCUCCGGGACCUGGUGGCGCAUCAGGACGCGGCUGCCCCUCUGCCCGGACCCCGAGCCGCCGUCGCUCUGCUUCCUGCGCGUCAGCCUCCUCUGCGCGCUCCGGGCGGGCGGCCGCCGCGGGACCCGCUGGGGCGAGGACGGAGCGCGGCUGCUGCUGCUGCCCCCGGCCCGGGCGGCUGGGAGCGGAGAGGCCGAGCCGAGCGGCGCCCCCUCCUAUGCCGGGAAGAUGUUGGAGAGCAGCGGCUGCAAGGCGUUGAAAGAGGGUGUGUUGGAGAAGCGCAGCGACGGGCUGUUGCAGCUCUGGAAGAAAAAGUGCUGCAUCCUCACCGAGGAGGGGCUCCUGCUCAUCCCGCCCAAGCAGCUGCAGCACCAGCCGCCGCCGCCGCCGCAGCCCGGGCAGGGGCCCGCGGAGCCGUCCCAGCCCGGGGGCCCCACCGCGACCGUCCUCGAGCCGCCGGCCAAGCUCAAGGAAUUGCACUUUUCCAACAUGAAGACCGUGGACUGCGUGGAGCGCAAGGGCAAGUACAUGUACUUCACGGUGGUGAUGGCCGAAGGCAAGGAGAUCGACUUUCGGUGCCCGCAGGACCAAGGCUGGAACGCCGAGAUCACGCUGCAGAUGGUGCAGUACAAGAACCGUCAGGCCAUCCUGGCGGUCAAGUCCACGCGGCAGAAGCAGCAGCACCUGGUCCAGCAGCAGCAGCCGCCGCAGCCGCAGCUUCAGCCCCAGCCCCAGCCCCAGCUCCCACCCCAGCCCCAGCUCCAACCCCAGCCCCAGCCACAUUCCCAACCCCAGCCGCAGCCUCAACCCAAGCCUCAGCCCCAACCCAAGCCGCAGCCCCAACAGCUCCACCCGUAUCCACAUCCACACUCGCAUCCGCACCAGCACCCGCAUCAGCUACCGCACCCGCACCAACAACCGCUCUCGCAGCCGCACGGCCACCGGCUUCUCCGCAGCACCUCCAACUCUGCCUGAAGGGGGCAGCACCCGGGCAAGGCGAGGUUCUGAGGACUCGACGAAGUGAGAGCACCUUUCUGUUGUCCUCAUGUGGAUGGAAAACAAGUCUCCCUGCUGUGCACCGGAUCGAGUAGUUUGGACAUCAGCCGACCGAUAACUUACAAUUCCUCUUAGUUUUCUGCAUACUCGUCCUCAUCACAAUGCAGGAAAUGAUUUCAAGGCUAGAAGGCUUUAUUUAUGAACCUUUGAAAGGAUCUCCCAGUAUGGUGGACCUUCUAGGAGCGAAGAUGUACUGUAAUUUUAUUUUAAUGUAUUUUGAUUUAUAAUUAUUUAUUAGUUUUUUUUUUAAAAAAAUAUUUGUUCUAAGACAUUUCUGAAUGUAGGCCAUUUUCCAAAAAAGGAACUUUAUUUUCAAAACCUAUUUCCUAGUAAGUUCUAAUCUUGGAAAGGAAAAAAGGGAGGUGUAGGGGAAAACCUUGAGACUUCAUUCAUUAUUCCUAGGUCAUUUUCAGAACCCCGACACACUCAUUGUUAUGCCAGGUGGUUGAAAUUAAACUCUGUGAUAUAACUUUUUUUUUGAGGUUAUUUUUUUCCUUUAGACUCUGUGUUGUGUAGAAUAGAAGUUUAAAGAAGCUAAAUGUUCAGAGUUGUGUAAUUGUGAAAAUCUGUUUUUCUAAAAGAAAAUGAGUAGUAAUCUCUAAUUCAAAAUAUUUAAAACAUAACCCACCUGAUGGCAGGAUGAUCUUGAAUGUGUGGUAGGGCUGUCUUCUGUAGAAAAAAGCUUGCUUAUGUCAUCUGUGAAGGGUUUAAUAAGGAGAUAUUUAUGGUUUCUGAGUAUAAAUGUAUUAGGUGUUUCAUUUCAAAAAACAUAGUAGGGGGAAAGGGAAUCAUUCAGCUUGUCAGAGAACAUUUUUGUGUUGUGUCCAUACUAGAGAUAACCCUUCACCAAGGGCUUUGCACACUUUACUGGAGCCACAUUUCCUUACUUUAUUCUAGAAGCAUAUCCUAGAACCUUAGAGUUUAAAAAUACAGUUUGUAACUAUUUCAAAGGACUAAGAGUCAUAACUUUUUUUUUUCUUAUUGAAAAUAAUGUUAAUCAGAGAAACCAAUUGUUUUGCUUUUUAUUGCUCUGUGAGAAAUUGGAGGGUUAUAUGUUUUGUUGUUAGGUUAACUAAACUCAGAAAUUGAAAAGGGAAGGACUGGAUAAACACCGGAUUUUCAGUAGGAAAACAACCCCAGUCUUGUUUUAGCAGCCACUUGUUCCUGAGGGGUU